AGGUGGUGAGCUACAGUCUGGUCGAAUUGGCUCGAGCUGUUGCCAUGACAAGCGUUUUCUUAAGAAAGCUCCGCUGUUGAGACCAUCCAAAGCUGGGGGUUGAGGGGGAAGACACGAACUUCCUGGGUAACCAUCCUUCCGAAGAAAGCCAGAUCUUAGACACCCUCCCAGCUCCCCUGCAUUAUUUUCUUCCAGGAACCUGAGAGGUCCUUCCUACUGGGAGGACCGGGGGGAGGAGACCCUGCCCACUCCCUGGCGGUGGCUGAAAAGGCAGGAGAUUAAAGCCAGAUUCUCUAGCGUGACUGCCACACUGGGGAGACCAGUGGUGGUCACCCCUACCCUACCCUGUCCAUGGAAACCCGGAGGGAGCGUCUUGCUUGGAGAAGCCUGGAUCUUUGCUAGAAAAAGAGAGAUCCAGUUGUCAUUGGUAUCCAGGGAGCCCUCCUCCUCCUGCUGCCUCUUUACCACUGCAGUUGCUGGUUGUUGCUAAGGUUGCCUCCAUGGUAACAUGCACAUCCUGUUUACACCUCCAUCUGGGCAAGUUGGUCUAAGCUAGGAACCUACCUACCCUGGACAACCACUUCCAUUACCACCUGGGGACACCAAUCAUCGUGACACGUGGUCCUGCUUCUACUCAGUUCCCCCAUCCUCUUCCUCUUCUCACUGCCAAGCUUCAUACAGGAAAAAGGAUUGGGGCUAGAGGCUGUGAAGCUUAUUGUACAGAUAUAGUCAAUCAGUUUCCUAACUGGGCUCCCAGAGAAGCCAGAAGUGAGGCCGAGAAGCAAGAGACCCUGAUCAGUUGAAGGGAAACUCCACAUUUUCUCUGGUUGAGGGGAUUGGUAGCAGCAGUCAAAAUGACGAACCCAAGAGAACAUGCCUUUCCAGCCAACUCAAUGGUUGAGAGCCAUGAAGGGGACUUUGGCUGCACAGUAAUGGACCUGAGGAAGCUCAUGGAGCUGCGUUCGACUGAUGCAAUGAACCAGAUCAAUGUCCACUUUGGAGGUGUAGUGAAUCUCUGCAGUAGACUGAAAACCAACCCUGUGGAAGGUCUAUCUGGGAACCCCGCAGAUCUGGAGAAACGUAAGCAAGUAUUUGGACAGAACUUAAUCCCUCCCAAGAAGCCCAAGACCUUCUUAGAAUUAGUGUGGGAAGCCCUUCAAGAUGUCACCCUCAUCAUCCUGGAGAUCGCAGCCAUCAUCUCCUUGGUCCUGUCCUUCUAUCGCCCCCCUGGUGAAGAAAAUGAACAAUGUGGUCUACCUGUAAGUAGCCCAGAAGAUGAAGGGGAGUCAGAAGCCGGAUGGAUUGAGGGGGCAGCCAUUCUAUUCUCAGUGAUCAUCGUGGUGCUAGUGACAGCCUUCAAUGAUUGGAGCAAAGAGAAGCAGUUCCGGGGGCUGCAGAACCGCAUUGAAAAGGAACAGAAAUUCUCCGUCAUCCGAAAUGGUCACAUCAUCCAGCUCCCCGUGGCUGAGAUCGUAGUGGGUGAUAUCGCCCAAAUCAAAUAUGGUGACCUGCUACCAGCAGAUGGGAUCCUGAUCCAGGGAAAUGAUCUCAAGAUUGACGAGAGCUCUCUGACUGGGGAAUCGGAUCAUGUCAAGAAGUCUGUGGAAAGAGACCCCAUGUUGCUUUCAGGGACCCAUGUCAUGGAAGGUUCUGGCCGGAUGGUAGUGACUGCUGUGGGUGUCAACUCCCAGACUGGAAUCAUCUUUACCCUCUUGGGGGCCAGUGAGGGAGAAGAAGAGGGGAAGAAGAAGAAAGGUAAAAAACAAGGAGUCCCUGAAAAUCGCAACAAAGCAAAGACUCAGGAUGGAGUGGCCCUGGAAAUCCAGCCACUCAACAGCCAGGAGGGGAUCGACAAUGAAGAAAAGGAGAAAAAAGUGGCCAAGCUGCCUAAGAAGGAGAAGUCAGUGCUGCAGGGCAAGCUGACGCGGUUGGCUGUUCAGAUUGGGAAAGCUGGUCUGAUCAUGUCUGCUAUCACCGUUCUCAUCCUGAUUCUGUACUUUGUGAUUGACAACUUCGUGAUAAAGCGCAGACCGUGGCUAGCUGAGUGCACCCCCAUCUACAUCCAGUACUUUGUCAAGUUCUUCAUCAUCGGCAUCACUGUACUGGUGGUAGCUGUGCCCGAAGGGCUGCCACUGGCUGUCACCAUUUCACUGGCCUACUCUGUGAAGAAAAUGAUGAAAGACAAUAACCUAGUACGGCACCUAGAUGCUUGUGAGACAAUGGGCAAUGCCACAGCCAUUUGCUCUGACAAGACAGGCACGUUGACCAUGAAUCGCAUGACUGUGGUACAAGCUUAUAUCGGAGACACCCGUUACCAUCAGCUCCCAAGCCCUGAUGCCCUCGUGCCCAAGGUCCUGGACCUUAUUGUCAAUGGCAUUUCUAUCAACAGUGCCUAUACCUCCAAGAUCCUGCCUCCGGAAAAGGAGGGAGGCCUGCCACGUCAGGUGGGCAACAAGACGGAGUGUGCACUGCUGGGCUUUGUCACGGACCUGAAGCAGGACUACCACGCGGUGCGCAGUGAGGUACCCGAGGAGAAGCUCUACAAGGUCUACACCUUCAAUUCAGUGCGCAAGUCCAUGAGCACAGUCAUCGAGAAGCCCGGUGGCGGCUUCCGCAUGUACAGCAAGGGCGCCUCCGAGAUCAUCUUGCGCAAGUGUAAUCGAAUCCUGGACAAGAAAGGGGAAGCAGUGCCAUUCAAGAACAAGGACCGAGAUGAGAUGGUGCGCACUGUCAUUGAGCCCAUGGCCUGUGAGGGACUCCGGACUAUCUGCUUAGCUUACCGAGAUUUCAAUGACGUGGAGCCCCCAUGGGACAAUGAGAAUGAAAUCCUCACUGAACUGACCUGUAUUACAGUGGUGGGCAUUGAGGACCCCGUGCGCCCAGAGGUACCAGAAGCUAUUGCCAAAUGCAAACGAGCUGGUAUUACUGUCAGAAUGGUGACAGGAGACAACAUCAACACAGCCCGGGCCAUUGCCACCAAAUGUGGCAUUUUGACACCUGGGGAUGAUUUCUUGUGCUUGGAAGGCAAGGAAUUCAACCGACUCAUCCGCAAUGAGAAGGGCGAGGUAGAGCAAGAAAAGCUGGACAAAAUCUGGCCUAAGCUUCGAGUCCUGGCGCGAUCUUCCCCGACUGACAAGCAUACACUGGUGAAAGGCAUCAUUGACAGCACUGUUGGAGAACAGCGACAGGUUGUUGCUGUCACUGGUGAUGGCACAAAUGAUGGGCCAGCUCUGAAGAAAGCAGAUGUUGGUUUUGCCAUGGGUAUUGCAGGCACAGAUGUGGCAAAGGAGGCAUCAGACAUCAUCCUAACAGAUGACAACUUUACCAGCAUCGUGAAGGCAGUGAUGUGGGGACGAAAUGUCUAUGACAGCAUUUCCAAGUUCUUGCAGUUCCAACUUACUGUCAAUGUAGUAGCCGUGAUUGUGGCCUUCACUGGAGCCUGCAUCACUCAGGAUUCCCCAUUGAAAGCUGUGCAGAUGCUGUGGGUUAAUCUCAUCAUGGAUACGUUUGCCUCACUGGCCCUGGCCACAGAGCCUCCUACAGAUUGUCUGUUGAAGCGUCGCCCUUAUGGCCGAAAUAAGCCUCUGAUCUCACGGACUAUGAUGAAGAACAUCUUGGGCCAUGCAGUCUAUCAGCUCACAGUCAUCUUUUUCCUUGUCUUUGCUGGUGAGAAAUUCUUUGACAUCGACAGUGGGAGGAAAGCACCUCUACAUUCCCCACCCAGCCAGCACUACACCAUCAUUUUCAACACGUUUGUGCUGAUGCAGCUCUUCAAUGAAAUCAACUCGCGCAAGAUCCACGGAGAGAGGAACGUUUUUGCAGGCAUCUUCCGUAACCUCAUCUUCUGUUCUGUGGUCUUAGGCACAUUCAUCAGCCAGAUUCUCAUCGUGGAAUUUGGGGGUAAACCCUUCAGUUGUACGAGGCUCACCCUGUCCCAGUGGUUUUGGUGUCUUUUCAUUGGUGUUGGAGAACUGCUGUGGGGCCAGGUAAUUUCCACGAUUCCUACACAAUCCCUGAAGUUCCUAAAGGAGGCUGGGCAUGGCAUCACCAAAGAGGAGAUCACCAAGGAUGCAGAGGGGCUGGAUGAGAUUGACCAUGCAGAGAUGGAGCUGCGCCGAGGCCAGAUCCUCUGGUUCCGGGGCCUGAACCGUAUCCAGACUCAGAUCGACGUAAUUAACACAUUCCAGACGGGAGCCUCUUUUAAGGGAGUCCUAAAGCGACAGACCAUGGGUCAACACCUUGAUGUAAAACAUGUUCCUAGCUCAUCCUAUGUAACAGUUGCACCAGUCAAAUCUUCCCCCACCACUUCUGUUGCUGCUGCUGUUUCAUCUCCUACUCUGGGCAAUCAAAGUGGUCAAAGCAUUCCAUAGUUCCCUCCAUGAAAGCAUCCAGAAACCCAAGAACCAAAACUCCAUCCACAACUUCAUGACCCACCCUGAAUUCGCCAUAGAUGAGGAGCUGCCACGUACACCACUCCUGGAUGAGCAAGAGGAGGAAAAUCUUGAAAAGUUUUCUAAGUGUGGGACUAGGGUGCUCCUGUUGGAUGGCGAGGUCACUCCGUACGCCAACAAAAACAACAAUGCAGUGGAUUCCAGCCAGGUGCAAAUUGUUGCCUCCCACCUGGACAGCCCUCUACACAGCCUGGAGACAUCAGUUUGAACUUCAUUCUUUGACUCCCAUUCCUGCUUUCCCUAUUUCCUGUUCAUCUCUCCCAUCUAUAAGAUGAUGAUGGGGUUUUUCACUGUCAUGUCAGUUGCUCCCAAAUAUGUGUGAGCCCUACCUGAACAAGAGGAAGUAGGAGAAUAGACUUACAAGGAUUUUGACUUAAACUUGAGUUGGGAUUUGUAGCAAGACCCAGUCAAACCCCAGGCAGGUAGCGAAUGGUAGAAUCUACUUCUUGGAUGUAACAGUUGUCAUUUUUAAAGAAAUGAUAUGAUCCUCUUGGCAUCCACCCCAACUCAAAUUCUUCCCCAGUAUUCAUACAUAUGUUGCCAUCUCUUGACUAUUUUUUUUAUUUUACCCUAUGAGUCUAUGCCAUUUAUAAGCCCAGUUGAGGGUUCAGAGAAACAAAUGUUUUCAAGUGAAAUGUGUGGAGGCAGGAAUGGAAUGUAGGGAAUUAGCCUGCAGAGUGAUUGUUUUUAAAGCAGUUUCCCAUUUUGAAAACGUAGCCCUCUAGCUCUUCCUACCCUCCCAGUCCAACCUCCCUAAGGUCCUCUGACCAUUGUCUUCCUUACCUUCAUUCUUUUUUUUUUUUGUCUUAAAGUUGCGAUGAUUAAGAAAGUGAAAAGGACCUGGAUGACCUGAGUCAACUUUGACCAUUCUCCCUUCUGGCCCCAGUGGAAUCCUUGACUUAGUUCUAGAGGCAGAUAGGCUUUUUUUGAUAACAGGGUCCUUUUGAAGUAACUGAAAGCAGGUAAGAAUGUGUUCCUGCUGUUGUCAGGUUAUCUACUUCUAAACUGCCAUCUUGUCACAUUUGUGUGGUUUCUAAGUGCCAGGAAGAUCAACCUUGACCAUGAAGCUUGCAUAUGUGUGGUGUGUAGUGUUUACCAUAAGCCUGAACUUUCUCCUAAUCCUAAAGUGGUGACAAAAGAAUGAAUUGAGAAUGACCCUGCCUCCUAAAUGGACUUGGAUAUUGAGGACCAGAAGCUGCCAGGUCAAGGACAAGACAGACCAUCGAAGCCGACUCUUGUGAAGUCCCCUUUGGGGUGACCACUACUGUUUUCAAAGCCAUCUGCCAAGGCUCUCCCAGGGCAGAACCUGAGUGUAGGAGGAGUGAGUGUUGAGAAGCCUUGGGAGAGGCCAAAGGGCCAUUCUAGCAGAAUCUGAAAAACCAGAAACCUUGAGCUUCGGUGGCUCAAGCUUUGACAUUCCCUUCAGUUGUGUAAUUCUACUUUUCGCUGUGUCCCCUGACUUGUCCAGUCUCUGAAAAGGUCUGAACCUUUCUCAGAUAUUCUGAUUUUGAAAAUAUGUUUCCAAAGUGGGAGCCUCCAGUGACAUUUUGCUGACUGAAAGUAACAAAAGACCUCCCCUGAAAAGCUUUCCUCCCUCUCUUCCUCUCUCUCACAUGCCUCACUCAAGUCCUUCUCCAGAACAUGUUCGCCCGCUGCACAGUAAAACCCUGUGCCUUCUUUCCCUGAACACUGCCCAAAGCAUUCCAUUUUACCUGCCUCUUAGGAGCUGGGAACUUCAAUAGGAGAUUUUUUUAAGUGUUCUUUAAUGGGACAAGGUGGAGCCACGUUUUCAGCAGCUCCAUCUUUAUCCCUGCUGAUGUUGACUUAAACUCUUCUGUGCAGGGGUUCACUCAUGUCUGCCAAUUCCCUGCUCCCAUUGGAUAAAUGAAGCCUGCCACCCUCUCUGCAGAGCGAUGGGAGUAGGGAGAUGGGGCUUGAGGCUCUUAUGAACUGCCAAAUGUCUAUUUGUGAGAGUGAGGAGACCCGGACCUAUCCUCUCCAGCCUUUUCUUCUAGAUGCCUCCUCCCUCACCCUUUCACCUGAGCU